ACUUGAUCUUAGAAUCGGCACAGUAUUCCGGGCAACUCAGCAGUGUGCAAAUCAGUGGUGCCGUCGAAAUACUAAAAAAGCUCUUAAAAAAUUCACAAAAGGCUAUCCUUACAACAUAAAAGUGCAAUUUUGGUGUGAAUCUGCAUUGAAAAAAUUUACGAAAUAUAAUCGAGAUGGCAAGCCUGAAGUGUAUAAUUGUGUUAACGAUUGUGUUAUGCGCGAGCUCAGCAUUAGCCCGACCAGGAUAUGCACUGGAUUAUUAUAACCAUCCCAAAUACGCCUUCAACUAUGGUGUAGCCGAUCACACAACUGGCGAUGUAAAGUCACAACAUGAAACACGCGAUGGCGACGUUGUAAAAGGUCAAUAUUCGCUCGUCGAACCCGAUGGCUCUAUUCGUACUGUGGACUACACUGCCGAUUCGAUAAAUGGUUUCAACGCAGUGGUAACUAAAUCUGGGCCCACAGUACAUGCGCAAGCGCUCGUUCCCGCACCACAUUACGAACCGGCUCCAGUGGUGAAACAUGUAGCGCCUGCGCCCAUAGGGCCCGCACCAGCGCCGUACGUUCCCAAACCAUACGUCCCUGCACCCAUCCAUUACGAUUACGAUGAUUACGGUCACGGUGCUCAGUAUGAAUAUGUGCCGCAAUACAGUGGUCACUAUGGCGGCGGCGCCGGUUACAAUGGCCACUACGAAGGAAACUACGGUGGACACCAUGGAGGUCAUUAUGGUGGCCACUACUGAAAGAACGAAAUGCACGUAGCCAGCAUUUCAUAGCACAGUACAACUCUCCCAGCGUCAUUAAAGGGAUGGCGUUAAGUUUAGAUACGCUAACCAUCAUAGACUCUUCAUGUCCUCCUUCUGUUUUCCAAACUGCCUGUCUUUCAUUUAAUCGCCAAUGCUUUUAACACAUACAUAUUUUUUAACUGAAACUACUAUAAAACGCUACUGUCCAUCAAAUUAGCUUAUAAGUCUGUAUUGUUUUUAAUGUAAUUUGUUUUAUUGGUUGUUGUACAAUAUAAAUUGUGUGCAAGCUUUAAGUAUCCAAUACUGUUGCAAACCUUUAUGUGCAUAUGAUAAUUAUCGAUUCAAAUAUUUACUUAGUUGCAAGUUAAUUAACACAUAAUACACACUACGUUCGAUCUAAAAUGUUGUCCACCAUUCUUGUAAAAAAACUAUUUAUAUGAACGUUUGUAUGUAAGCGAAGAAGAUGAUUUACG